AUGCCGGGCUCGCCGCCAGACCAUGGCGAGCGACCAUACGAGGAAACUCUCGGCAUUGACGCUGGGGCCUCCCAAGCUCUGCAGCAGCUGUUGCUCGAGCAAGAAACGAAUUUGCUCGCUUCCUUCCAAGAGCUUCUGAAAGAGCAAGAGGCACGCAUCAACUUGUCGCUGUUGGCAGGGCUUGAUCGGAGGAUGGAUGCGCUGCUGAGUGCAACGCCCCAUGGAGCCGUAGCGGGCAGGCGAACGCUGUCUGCAGCGAAGCCAAUGGACAAACCCGCACAUCUCCGCGAGGAGGCGCAAGGCCAAGGCAAACCGAAGGCAGACGAUGCGGAUCAGAAGAGGGAUGCCUAUGGAGAUCGGCAGAGCCCCUUGAAGCGAUCCUUCACUAGACAAUUUCACGUGGAACUGCCGCAUGCGGGCGGCCAGGACAUGCGAAGAUGGUGGUAUGGAGAAGAGCCUGUCUUGCCGACAGACACGAGGAUGCAGGCAUGGGGGAAGCGAAGCCGGAAAUUUUUGGAGUCCCCGACGUUUGGGAAGGCGCUUGCCGCUUUAAUCUUUCUGAACUGCUGCAGCUUGGGCUGGCAGGUGGAUUGGGGGGUGCAGAACCACGCUUCACCGGAGCCGGCUCAUUUUGAGGUGCUGGGUAUGAUGUUCACGCUGAUAUUCUUGGCAGAGUUUGGUAUCAGAUGCUUCGCGUACGGUCGAGCAAUGUACAUCUGUCAGAACCCGGAUGUUGGAUGGAAUACAUUUGAUGGGCUUCUGGUGCUCAGCUCCCUCGUUGAUGAGAUCAUGAGCCGAGGGGCCUCUGGCAUCAACGUCACCGCGCUGCGCGUCCUCAG